AUGGAAGAUUAUCAUAUAAAUCCAAAAUUUCAAAUGGGUGGAACACCUGUACAGAACCACCAAAGGAAAUCUUCAACUUUAUCGGAACAAGAACCUGUCACUCCAAGUUCUGUAGCUCCUGCUUCAUUAAGAAUGAUGGGUAAACACCAACAACAACAACAACAACAACACCAACAGCAGCAGCAGCAGCAGCAGCAACAACCGACACCACAGAUGACUCCUCAACAACAACAAAUACCUUUGAUGCCUCCUGUGAAUAUACCCAAUGGUGGGAGUUCAAAUACACAUAAGAGAAUGAAAUCGGAAUCACAAGGACAUGGCCAAGAACAAACACGAACUCCACGUAGAGAAACAUCAUCAACGAAGUCUACUCAAGAAAUUAAACAAUUUCAUAGAAAAUCGUUAGGUGAUUGGGAUUUCUUAGAGACUGUUGGUGCAGGUUCGAUGGGGAAAGUUAAAUUAGCUAAACAUCACCAAACUAAUGAAGUUUGUGCAAUUAAAAUAGUCAACAGAGCAACAAAGGCUUUCUUACAUAAAGAACAAUCUUUACCAUCACCAAAGACAGAUCAAGAAAUUUUAGAAAGACAAAAAAAAUUAGAAAAAGAAAUCUCGAGAGAUAAGAGAACAAUUAGAGAAGCAUCAUUAGGUCAAGUAUUAUAUCACCCACAUAUAUGUCGUCUGUUCGAAAUGUGUACAAUGUCUAACCAUUUUUAUAUGUUAUUUGAGUACGUCUCUGGUGGUCAAUUACUAGAUUAUAUUAUUCAACAUGGUUCAUUAAGAGAACAUCAUGCAAGAAAAUUUGCUAGAGGAAUUGCAAGUGCAUUAAAAUAUUUACAUGCAAAUAAUAUAGUUCACAGAGAUUUAAAAAUUGAAAAUAUAAUGAUUUCAACAUCAGGUGAAAUUAAAAUCAUUGAUUUUGGUUUAUCAAAUGUUUAUGAUAGUAGGAAAUUAUUACAUACAUUUUGUGGUUCAUUAUAUUUUGCUGCACCAGAAUUAUUAAAAGCAAUGCCUUAUGUUGGACCGGAAGUUGAUAUUUGGUCCUUUGGUGUCGUAUUAUAUGUCUUAGUUUGUGGUAAAGUUCCAUUUGAUGAUGAAAAUUCAAGUGUGUUACAUGAAAAGAUUAAACAAGGUAAAGUUGAAUAUCCAAACCAUUUAUCUAUCGAGAUAAUAUCAUUAUUAUCUAAAAUGUUAGUAGUUGAUCCUCAAAAGAGAGCUAAAUUAAAACAAGUCAUUGAACAUCCUUGGAUGAAUAGAGGUUAUGAUUAUUUAGCACCAUCAUAUUUACCAAAGAGAAUACCAAUGACUUCUGAUCUUUUAGAUGAUAAUGUUAUUAAAGAAAUGUUUCGUUUGGAAUUUAUUGAUAAUAUCGAUGACACUAAAACUAUAUUAUUAAAUAUUAUUAAUGAAGAGAAAUAUAUUGAACUAUCACAUUAUUAUUGGACAAUGGUAUCAGAAUUGAAAAAUACAAUUAUUACAAAUGAUAAUAAUGCUAGUGGUUCAAAUUCAAAUAUACCUCAUAAUAAUUUUGAGGAUCCAACUGAAGCAUAUCAUCCAUUAUUAUCAAUGUAUUACUUAGUGUCAGAAAUGAUGGCUCGUAAAUUAGCCAAAGUACAAAGAAGAAAAAUUCAACAACAGCAGCAACAACAACAAUUGCAAAAUAGUACUGAAAAUAAACAACUUGAAAAUGCUGUCAGUAUUUUAUCUAAUACAUCAAAAACUACUGAUUCAUCUCCUGUAAAUAACGCUGUGAAUUCUCCAAUACAACCCCCACCAGAAAGAAAGCAAGAAUAUAUUACUACCCAACCAUCUAAUACCACACCAACUAAUUACAACCACAACAAUAAUAACCAAGUUUCUCUGGAUCAACGGAUGGCACCUCUGAAAUCUCCGGUGAAAUCUCCAUUACCAUCUAUACCUAUUGAAAAUACAAACAGGAAACCAUUACAAGUCUUGGUACCUCCAAAACUUUCUAUUCCAGAACAAGCUCACACUUCUCCAACAAGUAGGAAGGCAUCUGAUACACAUAAUACAUUUGAUGCAGUGAUGACUCAAAACACAAGUAAUAACACAGUUGACUUAAAUAGAGACGAGAAUGAUAACUUUAACGAAGGUGCAUACAUGCAACAAUCCAGUGCUUCACCUGUAGAGACUAGCAAUAAUGCUGGGUUUGGUGGUAUCUUUAGAAAAUUAUCUCAACGUCGUGCACAACAAAAUGUGUCACCACCACAACCAACAGUAUCAAUGCAAACUCAACAAUAUCAACCGCAUAUCAAUGUCACAACUGUUCCUGAGGAUCGUAAUAACAAUAGACAACCAAUUAAGAAAACACAUGCACGUACCGUUUCCGAAUAUGUACCAACUGUAGCUAGAGCUCCAUCUUAUGGCACUAGUACCCACACAGAAAAUAAACCUUCUGUUAUCAAGACUAAUCCAUCUGGUGCUCAAACUGUUAUUACCCCACCACAGAGAUCUGCAUCUCAAAAACACCAGAAGAGAGCUGACUUACCAGCUUUACCAAGUAAUGCAGAAACAAUAUUGCAACAACAACGUGAGAAACAAAUUGAACAAGAUAUGCAAAAGAUGAAUAUUAACGACGAAAAUGACAAUUCUAGAUACGAAGGUAACAACUCACAAAUAGAUGAAGAAAACGAUGAAAACAAUCCAUUACCACCACUUAAUAUUAUUAAGGGUAGGAAGUACCACCCAAGCGCUAGAGCAAAAUCUGUUGGGCACGCACGUCGUGAGUCUCUUAAAUUUAAUAGACCAGCACUUCCAAGUUCGAUACCGGCACAAGGUGAAGUUGAUGAUCACGGUUUCUUGGAGUACAGUGAUGAUAACAAAUCUGAUAACUUAUCUAAUGGUCUAGUAAACAAUGACAGUGUUAUAAGAACAUCAGAGAAAAGUGGAAAAAGUAUCGAUCAUGCAUUAUAUGGCGGCGAAAUUAAUGAACAACCUCAAUUAACUGAUUCUCAAAUCUUGGAUGAGGCUUCAAGAGCUCCACCUGGAUCUAUGCCAUCUAUUGAUUAUCCACGUUCCUUAUUUUUAAAGGGUUUUUUCUCAGUGCAAACAACAUCUUCCAAGCCAUUACCUAUCGUUAGAUAUAAAAUUAUAUCUGUGUUGAAGAACAUGAAUAUUGAAUUUAAGGAAGUUAAGGGUGGGUUCGUGUGUGUUCAAAGGUCCGCAAUUAAUUCUACAUCCAAUAACGGUGAAAAGAUUGACCAAUAUGACCCACUUGACGAGCAACAACAACAACAACAACAGUUAUUACAAGUUCCAAAUCGUUCGAUCUCUAGACAAAGUUCUCUUAGAAGAAAGACAUCCGUCAAAUACAACCAAGGCAUGGUACCUGGAAGCCCAAUGGAAGGUCCACGUCACGAAAGGAAUAUAUCUAUGGUUACUUCCCCAACAGGUAAUACAUAUAAUUAUAAUAUUUCACAGGAAAUAUCAACUGCCUCUAUUGAUGAUAUGGGCCAACAAGAAGAUAUAUUAACCACAUCAAGAGUUCAAGAUAUGAAUAAGAUACCAGAUGCUAGAUUAAAUUCAAAUGGAUAUGGCAAUAAAGAGAGACCACCUAUCAAAUUUGAAAUUCAUAUUGUAAAGGUUAGAAUUGUUGGUUUAGCAGGUGUUCAUUUCAAGAAAGUGAGCGGUAACACAUGGUUAUAUAAGGAACUUGCAUCUCAUAUUCUAAAGGAAUUAAACUUAUAG